GAGCGCGUCACAGCGCGGCGGGGUCGAGCUGCUUUGCCACAGCUUCUCCGUGUUAGUGACCGCGGCGCCAUGUUCGGCUCCAGCCGCGGUGGUGUCCGCGGUGGACAGGACCAGUUCAAUUGGGAGGACGUGAAGACCGACAAGCAGAGAGAGAACUACCUGGGAAACUCACUGAUGGCGCCCGUGGGCCGCUGGCAGAAGGGCCGCGACCUCACCUGGUACGCCAAAGGCCGCGCACCGUGCGCGGGCCCGAGCCGCGAGGAGGAGCUAGCGGCCGUGCGGGAGGCGGAGCGCGAAGCGCUGCUGGCCGCGCUCGGCCACAAGAACGUGAGGAGGCAGCCUACCGGCCUGAGCAAGGAGGACUUCGUGGAAAUCUGCAAGCGGGAGGGCGGAGACCCAGAGGAGAAGGGCGUGGACCGGCUGCUGGGGCUGGGCAGCGCCAGUGGGUCCGCGGGCCGCGUGGCGCUGUCCCGGGAAGACAAGGAGGCCGCCAAAUUGGGGCUGUCAGUAUUCACGCACCACCGUGUGGACAGGGAUGGCCCAGGGGCCGCCGCGGCCAGGAAGAAGCCACGCGCGGAGGACAAGGCCGAGUCGGGGACAGAGAGCCACAAGAAAAGCAAGAAGGAAAGGAAGAAGAAGAAACACAAGAAACAGAAGAAAAAGAAAGACAAAGAGCACCGGAAGGAGGCUGAUGCCUCUUCAUCUGCCUCGCCUGAUAGGCUUGGGCACUGCAGGCAUGAUUCUGACUCCUCCAACCCCAGCAGCAAGAGGCGGAAGUGGGGACACAGUGGGGACAGUGCCAAGAACUCGUCUCACAGACAGGACAGAAGCUGUGAUACCUGAGGCUGCAGCUGAGCUGCUGGAUAGCACAGCCUCUGCAGCCCCAAGCUGGGACCUGGUGCACUGCUGCACUGUGAGGGCCUGUGGAUCCUGAGUGGCCAUAGCUACCCACCAUUAUUGCCUGCUGGGUCUGCCCUGGGGAGCUCCUGUAUGGGAGAAGAGGUGCCUGCUAGGCCUUGGAAGCCAGCUGGCAAGCUCCAGCGGAAGUGAAGUCACUUGAGGAGGCCUUUCCAGGUCUUGGGCCUUAGCCUGCCACCAGACAAAGGUGAAUCUACCCAGGAGGCUCUAUCUUGUUCAUGGCUGUGAUGGUUCAGGGCUCCUGAGGCUAUGACCAGGUGCAGUUAUUUUUCUUUCCCUAUCAACUCCUUUUGUACUUAAAUAAACUUAUUUUAAAAGAA